AUGUUUACAUUAAAAUCAGUUAUAUACAUAUUUGUGUACAUAACAGUUGUCUGUCCGUUGAUUAAAGUCCAGUGUCAUGAAAGGAUAGACAUUAAAAAACAAAGUUACGAUGAAAAUGAACACGUUCAUGGUACUCCGCCGUGCGAAAUCUGCCCCCGGAAAGGAAUCUGCGUGCCCAAAGUACAGUGCCCUGCGCACGUGAGACCCAACUCUAACCACCUUCUAUGUCAUCUAGAACAUUCUAGAAGUAUCGGCGUAUGCUGCUUUACUGGUCAACAACAUGCAGCGGAAUCGGAUCACAAAAUGCGUUCGUCCAAAAUGGGCAUAGAAGAUAUGAAAUCUGCUCACAAACUGUCGCAUCAGAAAGUCGCAGAGUGGCUCAGAACAGCAGAAAACUUGCUAAAAGAUAAUACCACCAUUGUGGAUAUUUCAGCUCCUAGUUACGGGCAUUUUUUGUCGACGGUGACAUACGACGAACGAGCAAAAGAAUUGGGACGUGGUGGUUUGCUGAACAUGUUCGCUGCACGGGAGUUGAAGUCUCGUCAAGCUAUCUCUGAUGAUGAACUUGCGUUGGGAUUCACUGAUCACACCGACGGACCAUACUGCCCCCCACUCCCUAAUUGUCCACCAACAGAGAGCCGGUACAGAACUUUAGGUGGGCAAUGUAACAAUGUCAAAUAUCCGAGCUGGGGCGCCACUAACACAGCCUUCGAAAGAUUGUUGCCUCCUGACUAUAGUGAUGGUAUUUGGGCGCUGAGAAAGUCAUUGUCAGGUCUUCCAUUACCCAGUGCGAGGACAGUCAGCCAUCGACUGCUGGUGGACGCCAACAAUCCCAGCCGCACACACAACCUUAUGUUCAUGCAGUUCGGGCAGUUCAUAGCACAUGACAUCAGCGCUGGAGUCGUGUACACCGCAGGAGAUAACAAGCCGAUAUCGUGUUGUAUCGGAGAUGGCAAGGCACCUCUGCCCCCACACCUGCGGCACUGGGCCUGCGCCCCCAUAGAAGUUGAACCUAAUGAUCCCUUUUUUGAACACUUCGGAGUCCGCUGCAUCAACUUUGUUAGGGCACAACUGUCGCCGGCAGCUGAUUGUUCAGUUGGAUAUGCGAAGCAGAUGAACGGCGCAACUCAGUAUCAAGACUUAUCCCAUAUUUACGGCAGUACUAAAGAGAAGACGGAUUCAUUAAGAGCUCCUGGAGGUCUACUCAAGGUAUUCAAAGACUACGGGAGAGAUCUUCCACCUGCUACUGACAAAAAAGACUGCUUGAACAGCAAAGGAGGUGUUUGCUUCGACUCUGGCGAUAACCAUGCCAAUCAAAUUCUAUCCCUCACCGUACUGCAUACCAUUUGGACGAGAGAGCACAACCGUGUAGCGAGAAUCCUCGCCCGACUCAAUCCGAAGUGGACAAAUGACACUGUGUUUAUGGAGACCAGAAGAAUUCUUCAGGCGGAAUUCCAACAUAUCAUUUACAAUGAAUGGCUGCCGUUGCUACUUGGUCCUCAAAUAAUGCGAGAAUUUCAAUUACUUACGUUUCCCGGCUACUCGUCAGGAUAUGAUCCCCAAGUGAAUCCGUCACUGACAGUAGAAUUCUCUGCGGCAGCGAUGAGAUUCGGACAUUCUGUUGUUGAUGGGAAGAUCAUGGUUCCAGGUCCGAAAAGUGGGGAAAUAUAUGAAACAAUAUCGAUACCGGAAAUAAUGCUGCAGCCUUCACGAUUACGACUUUUGCCUUUUCUGGACAGAGUACUGAUUGGUCUUUUGAUGCAGCCUAUGCAGUCGGUUGAUCCUUUUAUUACUGAAGGGUUAUCCCGUUAUAUGUUCCGUGGCGUAAAGCCUUACGGGUUAGACCUUGCUGCUAUCAACAUCCAGCGCGGCAGAGACGUCGGCCUGCGCUCCUACAACCACUAUAGAAGACUCUGCGGCCUCAAGCCUUUCACUGACUUCAAGCAAUAUAGCAUUAUUACUGCCCAACGUCUCUCAUCAGUUUACCAGAGCCCUGAAGACGUAGAUUUAUGGAUCGGUGGACUUCUAGAAGCGUCUGUGGAAGGCGGUGUAGUCGGACCGACAUUUGCCAACAUAAUAGCAGAUCAGUUCAUAAGAAUCAAGAAAGGCGAUAGAUAUUUCUACGAUUACGGACCAGAUGUUAAUCCAGGAGCGUUUACACCAAGUCAACUAGCAGAGAUCAAGAAGGUUACAUUUUCAAGUUUGCUAUGUGAUAACAGAGAUGGCGCUGAAUUCACCUUACAGUCUCCGAAUGCUUUUCUAAGACCAGAUCUACCUGGGAACGAGCCGGUAUCAUGCGAUAGUCAACUUAUUCCAAAGAUUGAUCUAAAUAAAUUCAGAGAAAUUUAA